GACGCUCACUCGCGUAAUGGCGUCAUUCCAUUAUUUAGUGAUACAAAAAGUACAUAAUAUAAGCUAAAACAAGUCUUUAUACUUCUAUUUGUAGUUAGUUAACCAAAUAAUAUUAUGAGAUAGUAUUUUCUGUGAAAAUACUAGUGUAUUUGUGGAUAUGGCGGCGAAAGCUUUGGAAUGGCGGCCGGGGCCUGCCGUAUGCCGUUGUUGCUUUGCCGAAGGGUGCUAUAAAGAUAUUUCUACUGAAUAUUUUUGGAUGGGGAAGAGAGAAGUGUAUUCAGAAAUGCUUUUAGACACCUUUGAUGUUAGCAUCUCCUAUGCGCUCUCUGGGCCAAACAGCAAUAGUCGUCUCAUCUGCGAGCCAUGCAUCUCUCGACUUCGUGACGCCACUGACUUUAAGCGACAAGUCCUUGAGUGUGAACGUACCUUCAUGCAGCACUUAACACAGCCUGGGCAAAGUGAUAGUACUGCUCCUGAAGCCUCUCUGGACAAUGAGAAGGAUGAAGUCAAGCUGGAACGGAUCAAGCUGGAGAGCAAGUUAGAUGAUGACUUUGACGAUAGGACGGGCUUCCCGGAUGACGACGACGAUGAUGACAUGGAUGACCAACCUUUGACAACGCUAGCAACGAAAGUGCCGAAGAAAGAAACAAUGGACAUCUCCGAUCUACUAGAUAACGCGAAACCUGAGAAACGCAAGUCGACAACAAAACCAAAACCAACACCGGCUAAGAAACCUAAAAAGGUGGAAGCCCCCAAACCGUCUGUUAGUAAACAGAAAGCGAAACCAGUUGAGAAGAAGAAAAAAGGGCAGCGGAAAGAGGUACUGAGAGAAAAAGAAAUAAAACCGAAAAAGAAAUUAUUCGAACGAUCGGUUAACCAGAAUCCUCAAAGACAGAACGCGGUGCUGAUGUUAAAGCAUUCAACCGCUAUACCCUUUAAAACGCGAUUCAACAGAAUUGUAUGUUCAUAUUGCCAUGAUGAAUUCGAACCAAUGGCAGCUUUAAGGCUUCAUAUCAAGAAUGAACAUGGAAACGCUGAUCAUAACAGCGCAUUUUACAAAGUUAUUGACGACUUAAAGAUAGAUAUAACAGAUCUGAAAUGUUCAGAAUGUAUGCAAGAUAUUCCAGACGUUGAUACUCUUAUGACACAUUUAUCGAGAGAGCAUGAUAAACCUGUAAAUUUCCAAGUGCCCUUUGGAGUCUUACCGUACCGUCAAGGACCUACUGGUCUUUGGAUGUGCCUGGAUUGUGAUAAAUCUUUCUCUGAAUUCUCACAAAUCAACGGACAUUUGCGAACUCACGUCAAGAUCUUUACUUGUGAAAAGUGUAGCGCAACAUUCCUAUCCGAGCAUGGGUUGAAACAACACGAAAGAAACUUUAAAUGUUACAAGUCCACGUACAAACCUCGGUAUGGGAAGUCGAUGAAACAUCGCAGUAACACGGAGAUUAUUCUUCAAUGUUCUACUGCACGGCCGUUUAGGACUUGGGGACAAAAUUUCAACUGCGUCUUUUGCCGCGUACAAUCCAACGAUCCUAACGGACUACGAACCCAUAUGGCAACACGACAUGCAAAUUACAACAUCCAACACGUAUUUAGUAGAAAACUUCGUAAGGAAUUCUUAAAGAUUGAUAUAACUGAUCUUCAAUGCAAGCUCUGUUACAUGGCAAUAGAUUCUUUAGACGAUCUAUUGACGCAUUUAAAAAAUGAUCACAAACAACCGAUUAAUUUAGAUGUUCAACCCGGAGUCCUACCUUUUAAACUCAACGAUGGGUCGGUUUGGCAAUGCGCCAUUUGCAAAAUUCAGUUCGCAGAUUUCAUAUCUUUAAAGAAACAUACUUCUGAACACUUUCAAAAUUACGUAUGCGACACUUGUGGCGAAGGCUUUAUUACUGAAUCUGCGCUCAUUUCUCAUACCAGAAUACCACAUGAUAAUAAAUAUACAUGCAGAAGAUGUGUGGCAACUUUUUCUACGCUAGAAGAGCGUAACCAUCAUAUUAAAACUCAGCAUACUACUCUCCCUUAUAUGUGCAAUUAUUGCAAAGAGAAACCAAGGUUUGCUACAUGGGAGGUCAGAAAGCGACACCUAAUGGAGUUCCAUAAUUACAAGCCUGGUGCUGAAGCAUAUGAAUGUACAACUUGUCACAUGACUUUUAAGUCUCGAUCCUCGAAAUACCAUCACAAUGUGAGAGCUCAUCGUACUAAGAAAGAAUCGGAAUACAGUUUUCCAUGCUUGCAUUGUGCUAGAGCAUUUGUGACGAAGUUGUCGUUGGAUAAACAUAUAGCGAAGAAACAUUUUCAUAUCUGAUCACGUAGUUGAGUAUUUGAGCAAAAUUGCAACAAAUCAAAACAAAGAGAAAUUACCAUUAUUUUUAAAGAGUAGCCAGAGUAAUAACCUCUAGAUUUGGUUAGUUUUAGAACGUGAACUUUGUCCUUGCCGAGCUAGACUGAAAUUCGCCCAUUGAGAUAGUGUUUCGCGGUCCUGUUAUGCUAAAUCUUAGUAUUUUCUUCUAAAAUAUCAUUGUGAUCUGAGCAAUCCUAGGAAUUACAUUACUGGUAACGGAAAAGUGUAAUGUGAUUCUCAAUCUUACCAUUAAGUACCUUCUGCAUUAGAAGUACCUUCUGCAUUAGAAGUACCUUCUGCAUCAAAAGUACCUUCUGCAUCAGAAGUACCUUCUGCAUUAGAAGCACUUUAUGCAUUAGAAGUACCUUAUGCAUUAGAAGUACCUAAUGCAUUAGAAGUAAGGCAACGUUAUGCAUUACGAGUACCUUAUGCAUUAGAACUACCUUAUGCAUUAGAAAUACCUUCUGCAUUAGAAGUACCUUCUGAAAAUAUUGAUUCUCAUAAUGGGUCUCAUAAUAUAGAAUGAUAGUCUGUAGACGUGUCGCUGCAUUUAAAGAAACUUAAACCAAAUUUAAUAUUUGUGCGUGAGUUAAAACUGCAUUCCAUUGUAUAUAAUACCUAUAUGUACAUCACAAUUUAUAAUGUAGGUUUUGAAUUCUACUUAUGAAUACUCGCGGAGGCUAGAACCUCAAGCCAUUUUGCAUGCAUUUAUUAUUUAUUUGUUUUGAAUGUAAAUAAUGAUUCGAUUUGUUUGAAUUGGAAGUGUAAUAAUUAAUGCAUUUAACCUCUAUUUCGUUUUCAUUCGGCAUUUCUAAAACCUGGACUAAUUUUAGCACUACUCCUUUUGCACUUCGGUCCAUCUAUAAUAGCAAAGACGAGAUCAAACAAGUUAUUUUCACGAAACGGAGACAAAUCGAAAUUUGUAAUAAGUUUGGAAUUACACCAAAUUCCGUAUUAUUUUAUGUGUAGCAUGUUUCCGCCCACGAUUUUGGGCAAAAAUGAGUUAAUACCCGGGCCGGAAAAAUCUUUAUUAGACGAAAAAGAGGCAAUGUCACACAAUAUCCACUUUGCAAUCCUGUGGACUAAAUAUAAUUUACUACUAGAGAUGCACAUUACGAUUUCGAAUUUUAUGGAAAUUGUUUCGAGUGUGUACGAUUUUUUGUACAGAUUCAUUUCAGUGCGAUUCAAUAGAAAAGCGAGAUAUGUAAGCAAGGAAACAUAUCGCACUGUUGAUAUAAUAGUGUACUAACUCAAAAAGUGUAUUUUCUCAGAAUCGGUGAAAAACUAUCGCUUCCCGUACAAGAUUAUUACAUUUUUUUGCGUAGGUCAUAGGUCAUAGUUC